AUGAGACGUCAACAAACAGAGGCCCAGAAACUCAUGGCCACAGACCUAAUCAUUUGGGAUGAAAUAUCCAUGACACCCAAGGUCGCUCUUGAAGCCGUGGACGCUCUCAUGAGGGAUAUUACGCAGCUCAGUACACCUUUUGGCGGAAAAGUUGUCGUUCUAGGUGGUGACUUCAGACAGAUCUUACCCGUAGUCGAGAAUGGUCGGCGCGAUGACAUUGUCGAAGCCUGCGUUCGCAACUCAUUCCUUUGGCCUCUGUUCACCGUUCAUCACCUGAGUGAUAACAUGAGAAUUCAAGCGGGGGAGAGUAGCUGGCGAAGACGCCUUCUGGAAAUUGGCAGUGGAGAUGCCAACGACUCUCAAGAUCAAGUUUCCGUACCAUCCACAAUGAUGUGUACGACAGGCAUUGUAAACGAAAUUUUUGGUGCUACUAUCGAUCCCGAAGAUCCAUCACAACUAUGUGGAUGUGCCAUAUUAGCACCAAAGAAUACUCACGUCCAUCACUUGAAUGAGCAGGCUUUAGAUCGGCUCCGCGUACGAAACCCGGAUGAUGAACGCUGCUACAAAAGUAUAGACGAAGCAAUCUACCCAGAAGGACAGAAUGAGCAGCUCUUUUCAAUGGAGUAUCUGAAUUCACUGACUCCAACAGGGAUGCCGCCGCACGAGCUUCGUCUCAAAAAGGGCGCCAUAGUCAUGUUGUUAAGGAAUUUGGAUGUAGCCAACGGGCUCUGUAAUGGAACGAGACUCAUUGUCGAAGGAAUGGGUCGAUAUACUCUAGCGUGCCGAUUCUUCAGUGGGGAGCGUAGUGGUCAACUCGCAGUUAUACCUAGAAUUGAUAACUAUUGGGAGAAAAGGACACCUUUUCGUCUGCGAAGGCGACAAUUCCCUGUUAGAGUGGCCUUUGCGAUGACCAUCAACAAGGCGCAAGGCCAGUCCUUCAGUAAAGUCGGUAUUUACCUUCCUGAAGAAGUGUUUGCUCACGGACAGCUUUACGUGGCCUUAUCUAGAGCUAGGUCGCCUGGCGGGAUUAAGAUUGAAUCUUCAUCAACCUGUUUGAAGAACAUUGUAUACACUGAGGUUUUGAUGUAA